CUUUCAGCUGUCAAAUAUUUUCACGGCUGCUGUUCGGUCAGUUUGUGGCAUGCAUUUUUGGUGUACGGUCACGAUUCCGGAGGGACGGACUUUUAUAUUUUCCUAACCUCGAUUGGAUUGAACAUCAGUGCAGACGAGCAACAAUUUUUCGUCAAAAUUUACCGGUGUAAUACUGCUCUGGAUUUUGUUUCGAACGUGACCGCAGCUUCUAUAUCUGGUCAAUAUUGAACAGAAUCAUUUUCCAGGAGAAUUAACUCAGCUGCGUUGGCACUUACUACAAGGCAUCUUUAAGUCGUAAAUUGAUACCAUCGAGAAAGAAUUCAACAAUGGCCAUGGCGAAUGGAGUCAAUCUUCAGGACGGACUGUCCUGCGAAGAUUUGUUUAAGAACGGUGACGGAUUGACAUACAACGAUUUCAUCAUUUUGCCUGGUUACAUUGAUUUUACUCCCGACGAUGUGGAUCUUUCUUCACCUCUGACUAGAAAAAUUACACUACGUGCACCGCUCGUUUCAUCGCCUAUGGAUACGGUUACCGAGGCAGAUAUGGCCAUCUCUAUGGCGCUUUGUGGGGGUAUAGGCAUCAUCCAUCACAACUGUAGUCCAGAAUUUCAGGCAAAUGAGGUGCACAAAGUAAAAAAGUACAAACAUGGUUUUAUCCGCGAUCCGGUUGUCAUGAGCCCAGAAAACACGGUAGCUGAUGUGCUGGAAGCCAAAAGAAAGAACGGCUUUACGGGAUAUCCCAUCACCGAACAUGGACGAUUGGGGGAACGCCUGAUCGGUAUCGUAACCUCGAGAGAUAUCGAUUUUCGCGAGGAAGAUGUAGACGUCAAGCUACGAGAUAUUAUGAGUAAAAUUGAAGACAUGGUGACAGCCCCAAGCGGAGUUACACUGCAGGAAGCCAAUCACAUUUUGGAAAAAAGCAAAAAAGGUAAACUUCCAAUUGUAAAUAAAAACGGCGAGCUGGUUGCUCUCAUUGCAAGAACUGAUUUGAAGAAAGCACGAAGUUAUCCCAACGCAUCCAAAGAUAGUAAUAAACAGCUAUUGGUUGGGGCUGCAAUUUCUACCAGAGAAGAAGAUAAAGAACGAUUGGAGUUGUUAGUUCAAAAUGGAGUCGACGUUGUAGUUUUGGAUUCUUCCCAAGGAAAUUCUAUAUAUCAGAUUGAAAUGAUAAAAUACAUUAAACAAAAGUAUCCUGAUUUACAAGUUAUUGCUGGCAAUGUUGUAACUCGUCAACAAGCUAUGAAUUUGAUCCAAGCAGGGUGUGAUGCCCUUCGAGUGGGUAUGGGCUCUGGCUCUAUUUGUAUCACCCAAGAAGUAAUGGCAUGUGGCUGCCCUCAAGCAACAGCUGUGUAUCAAGUAAGUAAGCUUGCUCGCGAAUAUGGAGUGCCUGUAAUUGCUGACGGCGGUAUUCAGAACAUUGGCCAUAUCAUGAAGGCUCUUUCUUUGGGAGCUUCAUCUGUUAUGAUGGGUUCAUUGCUAGCUGGAACUUCAGAGGCUCCUGGAGAGUAUUACUUCAGCGACGGAGUUCGCCUGAAGAAAUAUCGCGGAAUGGGUAGUUUGGAAGCAAUGGAACGGAAAGAUGCUAAAGGCGCAGCUGGAUCGCGUUACUAUCACACCGAUAUUGAUAAGUUGCGUGUAGCCCAAGGAGUCAGCGGGAGUAUUGUCGACAAAGGAUCAGUUCUACGAUUUGUCCCAUAUUUGCAAUGUGGUUUACAACACAGUUGUCAAGAUAUCGGUACCAAGUCUAUAACUAAUUUGAGGAAAAUGAUCUAUGAAGGUGAGCUUCGUUUCAUGAAACGCACUCAUUCAGCACAGGCUGAAGGAAACGUGCACGGUUUAUUUUCGUAUGAGAAACGGCUGUUUUGAAAAACUUCGUAUGGUGAAUAGUACUUUCGGUUGAAGAACCAAACAGUAAAUCAUCUUGUGAAACUCACCGAAUUGUUUAGCACCCUAAUUUGCUUAUUAACAGUACUUUAAGUCAAAAGUAAUUAUGCUAUGAAAAAGUCAAAUGUGUCAAACAAUAUCUCAGAUAAAAAUAUUCCAGCUAAAAAUGAUGAAUGUUAGAAACAUUGAAACAAAAUGAAAAUCUAUGAUGAUCAAGUGUCUAGUUUUACCCAAUGAGUGUUUAUGUAACAAAACUGUGAGAAAUUGGAAAAUCCCUAUAAGACUUAACUUAUGAAAAACGAUUGGUUUCAAAAUUGAAAUGAAAAAAUCCGUACGUCAAAAUAUAGGAGGAAUUACCACAAAACUCUUAAACAAGUUUAUUUUUAUAAUCAUGUUUUAAACUAUGUUAGAUUACUCAAAGAAAAUAAAAUAAAAAGUCAUAUUAAUUA